GACAGGACGGCCACCAUUUCUGAAAUCAGUCACUAAAUCUUAAGAUGGACCCCCGUACAAGUACCCAAGACGUGAUGCGUUGUGACCUGUGUGAGACCGCUGUGGUACAAAUGCACUGUGAUACAUGUCUUGUCAACCUGUGUAAGGCCUGUGUGGGAGAACACAUCUCAACAGGUGAAUCCAAGGACCACAAGGUCGUCAAAUUUCAGGAUAGGAAUUCUACUCAUAUCUACCCUACAUGUACAACACAUGAUAAAAAACAAUGUGAAAUGUACUGUACACAAUGUGACAUUCCUGUCUGCAUCAGCUGUGUUGCUCUUAACCAACAUUUAGGCCAUGAAUUAUCAAAAAUCUUACAAGUUCUGAAUGAAAAAAAGGGCAUGAUUAUAAAGCAAAGAAAUGAAUUAAAUGAGACAAUUUAUCCCACCUACCAGGACAUUGCCUCUGAUGUACAAAACAGAAAGAGUCAGUUAGAAAAGGAAUAUGGAGAUCUCUCAACAGUCAUAACAAAACAUGGACAAGACUGGCACAGAGAAAUUGACAAACUUGUCAAGAAACUUAAAGCUGAAGUUGUUGAGAUGAAAAACACACAGUUACAAACUCUACAGAAACAUCUGGAUGAAAUAAACAAUAUAAUAUCUGACAUCAAGGAUGAAAUCAAUUCAAUGGAAACUGCGACAGACACCAAUGAUCUGUCAAAACUGUUUAGUGUCACAUCAAAUGUACACAUAUACAGAAAUCUCCCACACAAAAUUAUACCAUCUUUUCCCAAAUUCAUUCCAGGAAAAAUCCAAGGAGAAGAACGCAGGAAAAUGUUUGGAGCAUUAUCAUCAAGUUCUUUAACAUCAAAUAAACAUGGUUACAGCAUGAAGACAACACAGAAAUCACCAGAAGCUGGAUCCUCUCCUCCAGUCAAACAGCUGCUUGAUCAACCAGAAACUGUCACCAACAUAGACACUGGUUAUAAACAACUUUACAAUUUAGCCUGUUCAAGUGAUGAAGAAAUCUGGACAAGUGGAAAUGACAACACCAUGAAACUCUACAGUAUCAAUCAGGGAUCACAACUCAAGUCAAUCACUACCACUUCAGGUGAAACACCAUGGAAUAUAGCAGUGACAAAAAGUGGAUAUCUAUUUUAUACUGAUUACAGUGAAAAAACUGUGAACAUUGUGAAGAAUGAGAAGAUAGAGGAGGUGAUCAGACUACGGAACUGGAGACCUAAAGGUGUCUGUAGUGCCUCCUCUGGUGACCUCCUGGUUAUCAUGGACAGUGUUGAUUACAAACAAACAAAAGUUGUCCGUUACUCUGGCUCCACAGAAAAACACACCAUUCAGUUUGAUGAUAAAGUUAAACAUCUUUAUUCACUUUCUUCUCGUUUUCCAAGAUACAUUACUGAGAACAGGAACCUGGAUAUCUGUGUCUGACAUUGGAGCUAAAGCAGUAGUGGUGGUCAAUCAGGCCGGGAAACUGAGAUUCAGGUACACUGGACAUACGCCUGCUCCAAAGAACAAACGAUUCAAUCCACAAGGAAUCACCACAGACAGUCAGAGUCACAUCCUUACAGCUGAUUUUAACAAUGACUGUAUCCACAUUAUAGACCUGGAUGGAAAGUUUCUCUGUUACAUAGACUGUGGACUGAGUGGACCCUGGGGACUGUGUACAGAUACAAAUGACAAUAUGUAUGUUGCUCAAUGUAGAAUGAA